GGGAGAGCGGAUAUAGUGAAUGCGGGGUCCGGGGAGAGCGGAUAUAGUAAAUGCGGGGUCCGGGGAGAGCGGAUAUAGUGAAUGCGGGGUCCGGGGAGAGCGGAUAUAGUGAAUGCGGGGUCCGGGGAGAGCGGAUAUAGUGAAUGCGGGGUCCGGGGAGAGCGGAUAUAGUGAAUGCGGGGUCCGGGGAGAGCGGAUAUAGUGAAUGCGGGGUCCGGGGAGAGAGCGGGUAUAGUGAAUGCGGGGUCCGGGGAGAGGGGGAUAUAGUGAAUGCGGGGUCCGGGGAGAGCGGAUAUAGUGAAUGCGGGGUCCGGGGAGAGAGCGGGUAUAGUGAAUGCGGGGAGAGCGGAUAUAGUGAAUGCGGGAUCCGG